CAUUUUCAUCAGAACCUGGUAAUAUUGAACGUUUUACUUUUGUUAAUCGAUAUGUAAUUGUCACAGCAUUUACUUAGGCAUACUAUGGAAAAGAAAUCAGCUUCCAUCAAUAAAAAACGAGUGAGGUCGACAAAUUUUUCCUUUAGUGAGAAGGAAUUGCUAUUGAAGUUUGCACUUCAAAAAAAAAGAGUUUUGGAAAAUAAGGAGUCAAAUGCGGUAUCAUGGAACGACAAAAACAGAGCGUGGGUCGAAAUUGCCGAAAAAUAUAAUGCUGCAACACUUGACUGUCCAAGAGAUCCUACUAACUUGAAACAGAAGUAUGAAAGUAUCAAGAAAAUGCUUAGGGGGUCUAAAAAAACUUUAUUUGAAACUGUCGGUGGACCACAUGUAAAACCUUAUGAAGCACAGAGUGAUUUAGAAAAUGAAUUAUAUUCUAUAAUCAGGAUCUCAGCAGAAGGUUUACCUUGUAAUUUUGAUAGUGAUGUUCCAAUUCAAACAAGUACAGAAAAUUUAGUUGAAGAAUAUGUUGUAAACGAAGAGGAGUUUGAUGAUAAUGCACCAUUAACGCAUGAACAUAAUAUAUCAUUUACUAAUUUAAUCAAAGAAUUUCCAACAGCUACAUCAUCUUCACUACAUGAUAUAGAUACAGUUGAGGUAGAUUUAAAUAAGGAAUCAUAUUUUACAGAUGCAAAUCAAGAGCAACAUAAUAAUCAAAACAAUUCAAGCUGGUCUCCUUUAAACUCAACAAAAAUGCUAAGAACAACACUUAAAAAUACAAAAUUAUUAUCAAAUAACAGUUAUCAAAAACCAUCUAACACUAAGAAACAUUGCAUGACCUCAGCUGGUGAAAAAUUUGAAAACCUUGCAGAAACCAAAAUGGAGUUGGUAUCUUUGCAACAACAACUUGUCAGACAAGAAAUAUUACAAUCAUCUAUAGAACAUGAAACUAAAUUAAAAUAUAUGGCAGAAGAGCAUGCAUUAAAACUUGAAAUUUUAAGAAUUGAGUUAGAAAUGAAAAAAAAAUUUAAUUAA